GCAGAACUUCAACCUGGACUUUUCCCUCUUCACGAAGAAGAAGAAGAAGGAGAAUCUCCACGUUCACGCUGACCAUGAGAGCUCACGUCAUGUGUCAGUGAAGUGAUUUCUUGUCCCUCUCGUGACCAUGUUGGGUAUGUAUGUGCCGGACAGAUUCUCUCUGAAAGCGUCAAAGGUCCAGGAUGGAGUGGGUCUGUUCACAGCGCGGCGAGUUAAAAAGGGAGAAAAGUUUGGCCCAUUCACAGGCGAGAAAAAACUGCCGAGCGAGCUGGACGAGAGUUCAGACACCAGGCUGAUGUGGGAGGUUCGAGGCAGUAAAGGAGACGUUCUGUACAUCCUGGAUGCCAGUAACCCGCGUCACGCCAACUGGCUGCGCUUUGUGCAUCAGGCGCCGUCACAGGAGCAGAAGAACCUGGCAGCGAUACAGGAUGGAGAAAACAUCUUCUACCUGGCGGUGGAUGACAUUGAGACAGACACGGAGCUCCUGAUUGGCUACCUGGACAGUGACAUGGAGGAAGAGGAGGAGGAGGAAGAGGAGGAGAUCAUCAAAGACGAGGACGAGAACAGCAAAGAGGCCAAACAUCUCGUAGAGAUGGAACUGGUGAUAAAGAAGGAGGAUCACCCCUGCCUGCUGUGUGAGAGCAGCUUCCCCAGUGAGGAGAUUCUGGCCGCUCACCUGCAGAGUCUGCACCAGAGAGCCAGCACAGAGGAGAAGGAGUUCAAGUGCAGGAACUGUGGCAAGAAGUUUCCUGUCAAACAGGCUCUGCAGCGACAUGUUUUACAUUGUUCUGAGUCGCCGGAUCCUUCAGGAGACUCCAAAGCUCACCAGUGCUCGUUGUGUCACAACACGUUCAGCUCAGAGUCGAGCUAUGAGCAGCAUAAAGAAGCCUGUAAGGGUGACGCCAGGUUCAUCUGUAAAGCAGAAAGCUGCGGUAAAAGGUUCAAGAGCAAGGACGCGCUGAAGAAGCACAAAGGAAACGUCCACACAGGGAGCGCACGACGGAAACUCACGUGCACCAUAUGCAACAGGAAAUGCUCCUCGUCUCUGAAUCUACAAGAACACAGGAAGGUACAUGAAAUAUUCGACUGCCACGCGUGCGACAAGAAGUUCAUCUCUACGAAUCAGCUGAAACGUCACAUGAUCACACACUCAGAGAAGCGACCGUACACCUGUGAGAUCUGCAGUCGCUCGUUCAAGCGCUUGGAUCAGGUGACGGCUCACAAGAUCAUCCACAGCGAGGACAAACCGUACAAGUGUAAGCUCUGUGGGAAGGAGUUCGCUCACCGCAACGUCUACAAGAACCACAAGAAGACUCACUCUGAGGAAAGACCGUUCCAGUGUGAAGAAUGUAAAGCUCUGUUCCGCACUCCCUUCUCUCUCCAGCGCCACCUACUGAUACACAACAGUGAGCGCACAUUCAAGUGUGACCAGUGCGACGCCACGUUCAAGAGGAAGGACACGCUCAACGUCCACAUCCAGGUGGUGCACGACGGCCAUAAGAAGUACAAGUGUGAUCUGUGUGAGAAGGCCUUUGUCACGCCGUCCGUCCUCAAGAGCCACAAGAAGACACACACGGGGGAGAAGGAGAAGAUCUGUCCGUACUGUGGACAGAAGUUUGCCAGUAAUGGGACGCUGAGAGUCCACAUCCGUAGUCACACAGGUGAGCGUCCGUACCAGUGUCAUUACUGUGACAAAGCAUUCAGCAAGAACGACGGUCUGAAGAUGCACAUCCGCACACACACUCGAGAGAAGCCGUAUAACUGCAGUGAGUGUAACAAAGCCUUCAGUCAGAAACGAGGGUUGGACGAGCACAUGAGGACACACACAGGAGAGAAGCCGUUCCAGUGUGACGUGUGUGACCUGUCGUUCAGUCUGAAGAAGAUGCUCAGUCGACACAAACUCACUCACAAUCCAAACCGACCGAUGGCUGAGUGUCAGCUCUGCCAUAAGAAGUUCACCAGGAACGACUACCUCAAAGUUCACAUGGAGAACGUUCACGGGGAGACGGAGAGUUAGACACACACACACGUGCGCGUCCGCACUCACACACUCACACACACUCACACACACUCACACACACACACUGUACAUUUGUAAUUCCCGUCACUGUUUUUAAAACUUUUUGAAAACAUUUGUUUGGAGCUCCGCCUCCACAGUGUGUCACGUUGCUUGAAAAUGAAGUUUGUAAAACUGCUUAAAAAAAACAAUAAAACCUUCGUCAGUUUAAGUUUAUGUCUGCGUCACGCGCUCCACACUCUCAGCAGAGUUCUGGACGGUGCUUCGAGGACCUGGAGCAGGCGUUCCAUCCUGUGGGGAGUUCUCCAGGAGAAUGGGGAACUGGACUCUGCCCUUUGUCACUGAUUCUGUUCAUAACCUGCAUGGACACAAUUUGUAGACGCAGGGAGUCCGGUUUGGUGACAUGAUGUGGUCCCGUUUGCUUCAUCAGGCCGAGAUCUUUAACUUUCACUGCAGUGGUUCACUGAACACGGCUGGGAUGAGAAUCUGAGACCAUGGUCCUCAACUGGAAAAGGGUGGAGUGCCCUCUGUAGAUAGGGAACCAGGACUCACUGGAGAGUGAGUGUCUCUUGGUUUUGUCCUGGAAGAGCUGGACGACGUGGCCAGGGCGAGGGAAGUCCAGAGAGAAAACACAGCAGCUGCUGGUCCUCUGCUGCCUCGUGUGGUCACUUUGUGUCACUGACGUC